AUGAAAUUGAAAACCAGCAUCCCUUUACUUUUAGGAUCAGCUGGUCUAAUCUCAGCAGAAAUUGAUACCACAGUUACCGAAACAGUCACCGUCACCAAAACUUUGUAUACUCCAGAGGAAUCGUUGAGUAUGGCUGAAGAAGCUGCGAAGGCAGCAUCCAUUGCAUCAGUGUUGUCAGUUGAGUCAUCAGCAUCAGUUGCUGCUGUUCAGCUGGCUGCAGAUGCAUAUUACAACUCCAUAGCUUUAGCUUCCAUAGGUCUACUUGCACAAGAAACGGCUUCAUUAGAGAACAAGGGCUACAAUGCUACCAACGAUGUUACCACCCACUAUGUCACUGUUACUUUCAAGCCAAAAUCCAAAGUAACAACUUCCGCCUCAAAGGAAGAUGAAGAGCCAACUCUCGAUGUCGAUACGGCUGAAGCUCAAUCUGACGCAAGCUCGUCUGAUGCUGUCACCAUUCCUGCAGAGGAGACCUCUAAAGGAGCUGGUUUUACAAUACUCAACAAACAAUACACUGGAGGUGUUGCUGGUUUGUGUGCCUUGCUCGCUGCACUCUUGUAA